UCUCAGUGCCUCGCAUGACAGCGCUGUUAUUUCUGAGGCAGCAGCAGCAUCAGAGCUGGACCUGCGCACUGUUUCUCAGCUCCAGAGCUCAGAAGCGCAUCUCAGAGGAGGGAUGGAGGCAAAGCCGGCAAUGCGUUCAGGGACUGCUUUCUGUGGAUCCAAUGCAAUAACUGUACCUGUUGUUUGUUAUUCCUGCCGUCGCUUUCAAUGCUGAUGAGUGGAGGAAUAGGGUUUUGUCUCGCCUUUAGUCUUUUCAGAGGAGACUGGAAACGCACACAGGAUGGCUCGGAAGGAGCCGCUGUAAGAACUGCGUGAGUUUGAACGCUGGUGGACGGUGAGAGAAGCGAAAUAAGCACAAAAAGUAAAUUCUCUCUAUGGUUUAAAGAUGUAUUUAAAUAGAUAGUGAGCGAUUAGAUUAUGUUCGAUGGGGAUAGCAUUAAGUUCUUGUUGAUUCCGCAUCCUUUAGGCUGCUUGUGUUAAAAUAUCCCGCCUGACUGAGAUGGAUUGGUGAUCCCGCGUCUCCGGGAGCGUCCUAACUUUGCCAUGAUGAAGUCCAUCUUCUACAGCCGCUUCUUCAUCCUGCUGCCGUGGGUGCUGAUCGUCAUCAUCGUGAUAGACAUCGACACGAAGAGGUCCUCCGUGCGCAACACGGCGCACUCGUACCUGUCCCGGCUGAGCAGCGCGCCGCGGCGGGACGCAGGGGUCCAUGCGCUCAACCGCAGCGCGCCGCCGCCGCCGCUCAUCUACGCCAUCACACCCACGUACAGCCGCGCCGUGCAGAAAGCCGAGCUCACGCGCUUGGCCAACACUUUCCGCCAGGUCCCGCACUUCCACUGGAUCGUGGUGGAGGACUCUGCAAGUCGCACCGAGCUCGUGUCGCGCUUCUUGGCGCGCGGCCGCGUCCCGUACACGCACCUGCACGUGCUCACUCCGCGCCGCUUUAAACGGGCCGGCAUGCCGCGCGCCACCGAGCAGAGGAACGCCGCGCUGUCAUGGCUCCGCGCGCACCGCACUGCCACCGACUCCGGAGUGGUGUUCUUCGCCGACGAUGAUAACACGUACAGCCUGGAGCUAUUUGAAGAGAUGCGUUUGACUAAAGGAGUAUCCGUAUGGCCGGUAGGACUCGUAGGGGGCCGCAGGUAUGAGCGCCCCGUUGUAGAAAACGGCAAAGUGGUGGGCUGGUACACAGGCUGGAAGGCUGACCGACCUUUUGCCAUCGACAUGGCAGGCUUCGCCGUGAACCUCCAAGUGAUCCUAGCUAACCCACAAGCUCUGUUCAAGAGGAGAGGAGCCAAGCCAGGCAUGCAGGAGUCUGACUUCCUCAAACAAAUAACCAAGCUGGAGGACCUGGAGCCAAAAGCUCGCAACUGCACCCAGGUCCUGGUUUGGCACACCCGCACAGAGAAGGUCAACCUGGGCAACGAACCCAAACGGCACCAGGACUCUGUUCUGAUUGAGGUCUAGCAGACAGGACUGGCGUGGGAGGCCUCACAGCAUAUUGCCCCAAGUAGCCACUAUCCCUGGUACUUUCCCAAUUAGUGUCAACCUCUGGACUGAGAGCCUGCUGAUUCAUGCUGGAAUCUCUGUGUGAACUCUGAUGUCUGUGUCAUCUAACUCAACACUUUGGACCAUCCAAUUUAGUGAACUUAUUUCUGACUGCAUAAAUUGGCUGGGCAUCAUUUUGUUAAUGAGAAUAUCCCAUCAUACUGAGGAAGCAUACUGAGUUACUAGUAAAGAACUCAACUUUUAAACCCGUAUCAUUCGGUACAGCUGUCUUCACUGGCUGCUAGUAGAAACUUUUACCUUAAGACUGAAGAGAAAAUCUGGAGUGAAAGCACCUGAUGAAAUCACAAUGAUGAUUCAAUGUCUCUUUCACCCUAGAGAACGUAAUAUAUACUUGGGAACAGUUGGAGAACACUAAGUAUAUGAAGCUGGAAGCAUCUGAAGAAGAGCCAGCUGUUGGAGAAAGAACAUUUGGCUUAAAUGUACAUUCAGUGGACGUACGUAACUGUAGCUAUACAAGUUCAUUGUAUUUAAGCAGUUAUUGGAUAAAGCUUUCUGUAAAAAGACUUUAUUGCCAUGAAUGUG